AUGACGACGAAGCUGCUGCCUCUCAAGCUGUACGGCUUAGCCGCAACCAACCCUCCAAAGGUGGCAUUCGUACUCGAGGAAUUGUCCCUUCCAUAUGAGAUCGUUCCCGUCAGCCACGCUACGGUCAAAGACCCGCCAUACCUCGCAGUGAAUCCCAACGGCCGCAUGCCCUCCCUCAGUGAUCCUAACAACAACGAUCUCACCAUCUGGGAGUCCGGCGCCAUCAUCCAAUACCUGAUAACGACUUACGACACCGACCACAAGCUCUCCUUCUCACCAGACUCGCCGGAAAGCUGGCACGCCACGCAGUACCUCUUCUUUCAAGUCUCAGGCCAAGGACCCUACUACGGCAACGGCUUCUACUUCGCCAAAUUCGCGCAGCCUCCCAAUGACGCCGCCGUGGAGCGCUUCAUCAAGGAAGCAGAGAGAGUGACUGGCGUGCUCGACGGAAUCCUCGCCAAGGCGGAGGCAGAUGCGGUCGGGCGGAAGUGGUUGGUUGGCGGGAAAUGUAGCUAUGCUGACCUGGCGUUUGUGCCGUACCAGUUGAUCGCGAGACUCGUCUUCAAGGACAUGGGAUUUGAUGAGGGGAACUUUCCUGAGGCGAAGAAGUGGGUGGAUGCGAUGUUUGUGCGGGAGAGUGUGAAGAAGGUGCUGUCGAUGACGGAGCCAUGGAAGGAUAUGGGGCUCUAUGCUGAUGCUGAUGUCGCUGCUUAG